CACCCCUUCCUUCCUCCUUUCGUCACGCUCUUCUCGCCUUCUCCUCCUCCUUUAUAAGCCGCGCCUUCCCUUGCACAAGACGCUCACUCCUCUCUUCUCCUCCUCUGCCGUUUCUUCUUCUUCUUCUACCUCUGUCUCUCCAGUCUCCAGUUAGCUGUACCCACACUAGCCCGCACGCCGCCCCCCGAUUUCGAUCCUUGACGACGCCAUGGACAAGGGCGCGCUGAUGUCGUCCUCCCCGGCGCCGGCCACGGACUCUUCGACCACCGGCGGAUCGUUCUCGAGCCUGCGCGCGUACGGGCGCGCGCUGACGCAGACGCCGCGCCGGGUGGCGCUCCGGGCGUGCGCGGCCACGACGCCCGGCGAGGAGAUGAGCCGCGUGCGCGCGCGGUCCGGCGCGCCCAUGGCGCGCGCGCUGCGUUGGCCAGACCUCGUGGGGCUCGGUCUCGGCGGCAUGGUGGGGGCCGGGGUCUUCGUCACCACGGGCCGCGCCACGCGGCUGUACGCCGGUCCCGGCGUGGUCGUGUCCUACGCCAUUGCCGGCCUCUGCGCGCUGCUCUCCGCCUUCUGCUACACCGAGUUCGCCGUCGACAUGCCCGUCGCCGGCGGCGCCUUCAGCUACCUCCGCGUCACCUUCGGGGAGUUUGCGGCGUUCCUGACGGGGGCGAACUUGAUCAUGGAGUACGUCUUCUCCAACGCCGCCGUGGCGCGCAGCUUCACGGCGUACCUGGGCACGGCUGUCGGCGUGGACGCGCCCAGCAAGUGGCGCAUCGCCGUGCCGGGCCUCCCGGAGGGCUUCAACCAGGUCGACCUCGUCGCCGUCGGCGUCAUCCUCCUCAUCUCCGUCUGCAUCUGUUACAGCACCAAGGAUAGCUCGAUGGUGAACAUGGUCCUGACGGCGGUGCACGUGGUGUUCAUCCUGUUCAUCAUCGUGAUGGGGUUCUGGCGCGGCGACGCCCGGAACCUGACCCGCCCCUCCGACCCGGCGCACCCUGGCGGCUUCUUCCCCAACGGCGUCGGCGGCGUGUUCAGCGGCGCCGCCAUGGUGUACCUGAGCUACAUCGGCUACGACGCCGUGUCCACCAUGGCCGAGGAGGUGGAGAAGCCGGCCCGGGAUAUCCCGAUCGGCGUCUCGGGCUCCGUCGUCAUCGUCACCGUGCUCUACUGCCUCAUGGCCGCGUCCAUGUCCAUGCUCCUCCCCUACGACGCGAUUGACACGGAGGCGCCCUUCUCCGGCGCGUUCAGGGGCAGCGAGGGCUGGGGCUGGGUGUCCAACGUGAUCGGCGCCGGCGCCAGCCUCGGCAUCCUGACGUCGCUCAUGGUGGCCAUGCUUGGCCAGGCCAGGUACAUGUGCGUCAUCGGCCGCUCCGGCGUCAUGCCGGCAUGGCUCGCCAAGGUGCACCCCAACACUGCCACCCCCGUCAACGCCUCCGCCUUCCUCGGGCUGUUCACGGCGGCGCUGGCGCUGUUCACGGAGCUGGACAUCCUGCUGAACCUCGUCUGCAUCGGCACGCUCUUCGUCUUCUACAUGGUGUCCAACGCCGUCGUGUACCGCCGCUACGUCCUCGCAGCCUCCUCCAGCUCCUCCAUCCCCAAUGGCGGCAGCGAUCGCCGCGGCGCUAGCGCGUGGCCGACGCUGGCAUUCCUGCUAGCCUUCUCGCUGCUGGCCAUCGCCUUCACGCUGUCGUGGAAGCUGGCGCCCGAGGGGCGCGCCCGGAUCGCGCUCCUGGCGUGCAUCGGCAUCGCGGCGGUGGCCACCGUCGGCGCGUUCCAGCUCCUGGUGCCGCAGGCGCACACGCCGCAGCUCUGGGGCGUGCCGGGGAUGCCGUGGGUGCCCGCGGCGUCUGUCUUCCUCAACGUGUUUCUCCUGGGGUCACUGGACCGGCCGUCCUAUGUCCGGUUCGCGUUCUUCUCCGCCGCCACCGUGCUGGUCUACGCGCUCUAUAGCGUGCACGCCAGCUUCGACGCCGAGGAGACCGGCAGCGGCGACGACGGCGGCGCCAAGGUGCAGGACGAAGACUGCAAGGUGUAGCGAGCGAUGAUCGAGCUAGAUGUAGUUAACGGCUGCAGUAGGUUUUUCUUUCUUCUUCUUGAUUUUAGGCUAGUUCUUGGAGACUUUGGAGUAAAGCAAACAAGCUAACAUGGUGAUCAAACCAGAAAAAUUGGGAGAGAAUUGGGGGGAGUUAAAAAAAAUGUAGAUUUACCCUGGAACUUGCAACUGCCAUGUUCAAGUUCUUUUCAAAAUGUGCAUGUUCUGAUUUCCCGGGAGAAACUUCAGCACAAAACGCUUCUGUUUUUAUACAUGCGACAGUUCCCCGUAA